UCUCGUGCGUGGUUCUUUCAUUGCUGCAGCAUUCCAUGGUUGAAGCGUUUGCAACAGGCUACGAUAACGACAGCACAGAUGAUGCAAAUGUCGAGCAUGUCAUCGGCGCCUGAGAUGCAAGCGAGUUGCUCCACGCACGACCCGCUGCGGAAAAUUACAGCCCCGCAGUAUCCGAGGCCCAAGAAAACGAGCAUUACUGUGAUCCUGGUGGCCCUCUUCUUGGGGAUGAUAGCGGCCGCUAUCUUUUUGAUGGUAGGAUCAGGUGGAAGUAAAGUAGCGGACGUGGACCCGUUGGACCCUUCUGCGGAAGGUCAAGAGGGGCGGUAUGACGUCGACAGGGAGAGCAACGCCUCUGGUGGGGCAAAUAGGUCAACGAGAGCGACAACAUUAGUCUUUGUGACAACUACCGCCACCACCACUGAAGGCGCCACAGUCACGGCCACUGAGGAGGCAUUCGUGUCGCCUUGCAAUACAACGCUAAGCGGAAGAAGCGGCGAAUUCGUGUCCCUCAACUACCCUGGGUUCUACGCCAGCAACCUAAACCAGACCUGGUGCAUUAAGACAUCGGCCUAUUGUCAAGUUCAUCUGAAAUUCCUGGACUUCCAGCUGGAGGACCACCCAGAAUGUCAAUACGACAACGUCACCGUUUACGACGGUGGAAGCGAUAACGCUACCAGGAUCGCCUGUCUGUGCAACGAGAAGCCAUUCGAAGUCACUAGCACGGGGAACCUCAUGUACGUGUGGUUCCAGACCGAUAGCAAGAGACAGUUCCGGGGUUUUCGAGCCCAAUACAUCGCAGUUAACUGCCACAAGCUCCUCGCGGUGGCUAGCCGAUCGCUUCGUCAAGAGCGCAUCAAGAAGCGUAGAAAAAAAUUCUGGCUCAUCAAUGGACGUGGGAGGCCCGGUCCGAACGCUCGGAGUUUGGGUGUCGCUCGUUGGAGACAGCGACAAGUUGAGCUGAUAUAAAGCUGACACACAGUCGGCAAUGAACAUAUGUUUAGGAUGAUAGUUUCUUAAUCUUUUCUGGCAAUAAAUGUUUCUUUUCCUCGC